AUGGCAGUUGCCUUCCCCUUCCGCGGUGUUCCUGCGGGAGUCCCACCUCCAGGUGUGCCGCUUCCACCACAGGUUCCAGACUAUAUGACUGAGGAGAAACUCCAAGAGAAAGCAAGGAAAUGGCAACAGUUGCAAGCAAAACGCUACUCGGAGAAGAGAAAGUUUGGUUUUGUGGACGCUCAGAAGGAAGAUAUGCCACCUGAACAUGUCCGUAAAAUCAUCAGGGACCACGGUGACAUGACCAAUAGGAAGUUUCGGCAUGACAAGAGAGUCUACUUGGGUGCCCUCAAGUACAUGCCUCAUGCCGUGCUGAAACUGCUGGAGAACAUGCCCAUGCCCUGGGAACAAAUCAGAGACGUACCUGUCCUCUAUCACAUCACUGGAGCCAUUUCAUUUGUAAAUGAAAUCCCUUGGGUUAUCGAGCCAGUCUACAUCGCUCAGUGGGGCACCAUGUGGAUCAUGAUGCGGCGAGAGAAGCGUGACAGACGGCACUUUAAGAGAAUGCGUUUUCCGCCGUUCGAUGAUGAAGAGCCGCCGUUGGAUUAUGCAGACAACAUCCUUGAUGUUGAACCACUGGAGGCCAUUCAAAUGGAGCUGGACACAGAGGAGGAUGGUCCUGUUGUGGAGUGGCUGUACGAGCACCAGCCCCUAAAAGAGACUACAAAGUUUGUGAAUGGUACCACUUACCGUCGAUGGCAAUUUUCACUCCCCAUGAUGUCUACGCUGUACCGCUUGGCCAACCAGCUGCUCACAGACUUGGUGGAUUACAACUACUUCUACCUAUUUGACCUUAAGGCCUUCUUCACUUCCAAGGCUUUAAACAUGGCCAUACCAGGAGGACCGAAAUUUGAGCCUCUCGUUAGAGACAUUAACCUCCAGGAUGAAGACUGGAAUGAGUUUAAUGACAUCAACAAGAUCAUCAUUAGACAGCCAAUCAGGACAGAGUACAAAAUCGCCUUCCCCUACCUGUACAACAACUUGCCGCACCAUGUACACCUCACCUGGUACCACACACCAAAUGUGGUGUUCAUCAAGACGGAGGAUCCUGAUCUUCCAGCUUUUUACUUUGAUCCGCUGAUCAACCCCAUUUCUCACAGACAUUCGGUCAAGAGUCAAGAACCUCUGCCUGAUGACGACGAGGAAUUUGAGCUUCCUGAGUUUGUCGAGCCUUUCCUCAAAGAGACUCCUCUCUACACUGACAACACAGCCAACGGCAUUGCCCUGCUGUGGGCGCCGAGACCUUUCAACUUGCGUUCGGGCCGCACCAGGAGAGCCAUUGAUAUACCUCUCAUCAAAAACUGGUAUCGUGAGCACUGCCCUGCAGGUCAGCCAGUAAAAGUGCGUGUGUCAUACCAAAAACUGCUGAAGUACUAUGUGCUCAAUGCUCUGAAACACAGACCACCCAAGGCCCAGAAAAAGAGGUAUCUCUUCCGUUCCUUCAAGGCCACCAAAUUCUUUCAGUCUACUAAACUUGACUGGGUGGAGGUGGGUCUGCAGGUGUGUCGGCAGGGGUACAACAUGCUCAAUCUUCUUAUCCACCGAAAGAACCUCAACUACCUGCAUUUGGAUUACAACUUCAACUUGAAGCCUGUCAAAACACUGACCACCAAGGAACGUAAAAAGUCUAGAUUUGGCAAUGCUUUCCAUCUCUGUCGAGAGGUUUUGCGACUCAGCAAGCUGGUGGUGGACAGCCAUGUGCAGUACAGACUGGGAAAUGUGGAUGCAUUUCAGUUGGCAGAUGGGCUCCAGUACAUCUUUGCUCAUGUGGGUCAGCUGACUGGCAUGUACCGCUACAAGUACAAGUUGAUGAGACAAAUCCGGAUGUGCAAAGAUCUGAAGCAUCUCAUUUACUACCGUUUCAAUACAGGUCCUGUCGGCAAGGGACCGGGUUGUGGCUUCUGGGCACCUGGAUGGAGGGUGUGGCUUUUCUUCAUGAGGGGCAUCACACCACUGUUGGAGAGGUGGCUUGGAAAUCUGCUUGCCAGGCAAUUUGAAGGCCGUCACUCUAAGGGGGUGGCCAAGACUGUGACCAAACAGCGUGUGGAGUCUCACUUUGACUUGGAGUUACGAGCUGCUGUGAUGCACGACAUCUUGGACAUGAUGCCUGAGGGUAUCAAACAGAACAAAGCCAGGACAAUUCUGCAACAUCUCAGUGAGUCUUGGAGAUGCUGGAAAGCAAACAUCCCGUGGAAGGUCCCUGGCUUGCCAACACCUAUUGAGAACAUGAUCCUGCGCUACGUGAAAGCCAAAGCUGACUGGUGGACCAACACGGCCCACUACAACCGUGAGCGAAUCCGCCGCGGGGCCACUGUGGACAAGACGGUCUGCAAAAAGAACCUCGGGAGGCUGACCCGUUUGUACCUGAAGGCUGAGCAGGAGAGACAGCACAACUACUUGAAGGAUGGUCCCUACAUCACAGCUGAGGAAGCUGUAGCUAUUUACACCACAACUGUUCACUGGCUGGAAAGUCGACGUUUCUCACCCAUCCCCUUUCCUCCCCUUUCAUACAAACAUGACACAAAGUUGCUCAUCCUGGCAUUGGAGAGGCUUAAAGAGGCUUACAGUGUGAAGUCUCGAUUGAACCAGUCUCAAAGGGAAGAGCUUGGACUCAUCGAGCAAGCUUAUGACAACCCUCAUGAGGCUCUGUCCAGGAUCAAGCGUCACUUGCUCACACAGCGAGCCUUCAAAGAGGUGGGCAUUGAGUUUAUGGACCUGUACAGUCACCUGGUACCAGUGUAUGAUGUCGAACCACUGGAGAAGAUCACCGAUGCCUAUCUUGAUCAAUAUCUGUGGUAUGAAGCAGACAAAAGACGACUCUUCCCACCCUGGAUCAAACCAGCUGACACUGAGCCGCCUCCACUUCUUGUCUACAAGUGGUGCCAAGGCAUCAACAACCUGCAGGAUGUUUGGGAAACUGCAGAAGGAGAGUGUAAUGUGAUGCUUGAGUCACGUUACGAGAAGAUGUAUGAGAAGAUUGAUUUGACAUUGCUCAACAGGCUGCUGCGUCUUAUUGUCGACCACAACAUUGCUGAUUACAUGACAGCCAAAAACAAUGUAGUCAUCAACUACAAGGACAUGAACCACACAAACUCUUACGGGAUCAUCCGUGGCCUGCAGUUUGCCUCGUUCAUUGUGCAGUAUUACGGUCUGGUAAUGGAUCUGCUUGUGCUGGGCCUGCACCGUGCCAGCGAGAUGGCCGGUCCACCCCAAAUGCCCAACGACUUCCUCAGUUUCCAAGAUACAGCGACUGAGAGCGCUCACCCAAUCCGGUUAUACUGCCGCUACAUUGACCGCAUCCACAUCUUCUUCAGGUUUUCUGCUGAUGAAGCAAGAGACCUCAUUCAGAGGUACCUUACAGAGCACCCUGAUCCCAACAAUGAGAACAUUGUGGGCUACAACAACAAAAAGUGCUGGCCACGUGAUGCCCGCAUGAGAUUGAUGAAGCAUGAUGUCAAUCUUGGGCGUGCAGUCUUUUGGGACAUCAAGAACCGUCUGCCGAGGUCAGUGACCACAGUCCAAUGGGAGAACAGCUUUGUGUCUGUCUACAGCAAAGACAACCCCAACCUGCUCUUUAACAUGUGUGGCUUUGAGUGCCGCAUCUUGCCCAAAUGCCGAACAAGCUACGAAGAGUUUACCCAUAAGGACGGUGUCUGGAAUUUGCAGAAUGAGGUUACAAAAGAGAGGACAGCUCAAUGUUUCCUGCGUGUGGACGAUGAGUCAAUGCAGCGUUUCCAUAACAGAGUGCGCCAGAUCCUAAUGGCCUCAGGCUCAACCACUUUCACAAAGAUUGUAAACAAAUGGAACACUGCUCUUAUUGGCCUGAUGACAUACUUCCGUGAAGCAGUCGUCAACACCCAGGAGCUACUGGAUUUGCUGGUCAAGUGUGAGAACAAGAUUCAGACUCGAAUCAAAAUCGGGCUGAACUCUAAAAUGCCUAGCCGUUUCCCGCCUGUUGUUUUCUACACUCCCAAAGAGUUGGGUGGCCUGGGCAUGUUGUCCAUGGGCCAUGUGCUCAUCCCACAGUCUGAUCUACGUUGGUCCAAGCAGACAGAUGUGGGAAUCACCCACUUCAGGUCCGGAAUGAGUCACGAAGAGGACCAGCUCAUUCCAAAUUUGUACCGUUACAUUCAGCCUUGGGAAAGUGAGUUCAUAGACUCCCAAAGGGUCUGGGCUGAAUACGCCCUCAAGAGGCAAGAGGCCAUUGCACAGAACAGGCGACUGACGUUGGAGGAUUUGGAGGACUCGUGGGACAGAGGAAUCCCGCGUAUCAACACUCUUUUCCAGAAGGACAGACACACAUUGGCCUAUGACAAAGGCUGGAGAGUCAGGACAGAUUUUAAACAAUACCAGGUCCUGAAGCAGAAUCCAUUCUGGUGGACCCACCAGAGGCAUGAUGGUAAACUGUGGAACCUUAACAACUACCGCACAGACAUGAUUCAGGCCCUUGGUGGUGUGGAGGGCAUCCUUGAACACACCCUCUUCAAAGGCACUUACUUCCCCACCUGGGAGGGUCUCUUCUGGGAGAAAGCCAGUGGAUUUGAAGAAUCCAUGAAGUGGAAGAAGCUGACAAAUGCACAGAGAUCUGGUCUUAACCAAAUUCCCAACCGUCGUUUCACUCUGUGGUGGUCACCCACAAUUAACAGAGCCAAUGUUUAUGUGGGUUUCCAGGUGCAACUUGACCUGACUGGAAUCUUCAUGCACGGAAAGAUUCCCACCCUGAAAAUUUCCCUCAUCCAGAUAUUCAGAGCUCACUUGUGGCAGAAGAUCCACGAGAGCAUUGUCAUGGAUCUCUGCCAGGUGUUUGACCAGGAACUUGAUGCUCUGGAGAUUGAGACUGUGCAGAAGGAGACAAUCCAUCCCAGGAAGUCGUACAAGAUGAACUCAUCAUGUGCCGACAUCCUCCUUUUCGCUUCCUACAAGUGGAACGUCUCUCGACCGUCUCUGCUUGCAGACUCAAAGGAUGUGAUGGACAGCACCACGACACAAAAGUACUGGAUAGACAUCCAGCUGCGUUGGGGUGACUAUGACUCGCACGACAUUGAACGGUACGCCAGGGCCAAGUUCUUGGACUACACCACAGACAACAUGAGUAUCUACCCUUCGCCCACUGGGGUGCUCAUUGCCAUCGACUUGGCAUACAACCUCCACAGUGGUUAUGGAAACUGGUUCCCAGGCAGCAAGCCUCUGAUCCAGCAGGCCAUGGCUAAGAUCAUGAAAGCCAACCCUGCCCUUUAUGUGCUGAGGGAGCGCAUCCGCAAGGGUCUGCAGCUCUACUCGUCCGAACCUACUGAGCCCUACCUGUCCUCACAGAACUACGGUGAACUCUUCUCCAACCAAAUCAUCUGGUUUGUGGAUGACACCAAUGUCUACAGAGUCACCAUUCACAAGACCUUUGAGGGUAAUUUGACCACCAAACCCAUCAAUGGAGCCAUUUUCAUCUUCAACCCCAGGACUGGACAGCUCUUCCUUAAGAUCAUUCACACGUCUGUGUGGGCCGGACAGAAACGUCUGGGUCAGUUGGCUAAAUGGAAGACAGCCGAAGAAGUCGCUGCCUUGAUUCGCUCACUACCCGUGGAGGAGCAACCGAAGCAGAUUAUCGUGACCAGGAAGGGUAUGUUGGACCCUCUUGAGGUCCACUUGCUUGACUUCCCCAACAUUGUGAUCAAGGGCUCUGAGUUACAGCUACCAUUCCAGGCCUGUCUAAAGGUGGAGAAGUUUGGAGACCUGAUCCUCAAAGCAACUGAGCCCCAAAUGGUGCUGUUCAACCUUUACGAUGAUUGGCUUAAGACCAUUUCUUCUUACACAGCUUUCUCCCGACUCAUCCUGAUCCUCAGAGCACUCCAUGUCAACAAUGACCGUGCCAAAGUGAUCCUCAAACCUGAUAAGACCACCAUCACUGAGCCUCACCACAUUUGGCCCACUCUCACAGACGAGGAAUGGAUCAAGGUGGAAGUGCAACUUAAAGACCUCAUUUUGGCUGACUAUGGCAAAAAGAACAAUGUGAACGUGGCUUCACUGACCCAGUCUGAGAUCCGUGACAUCAUCCUGGGCAUGGAGAUCUCCGCUCCCUCGCAGCAAAGGCAGCAGAUCGCUGAAAUUGAAAAGCAAACCAAAGAGCAAUCACAGCUCACAGCCACGCAGACGCGUACCGUCAACAAACACGGUGACGAGAUCAUCACUUCUACCACAUCCAACUACGAGACGCAGACCUUCUCCUCCAAGACUGAAUGGAGGGUCAGAGCUAUAUCUGCUGCCAAUCUCCAUCUCCGAACCAACCACAUUUACGUGUCUUCUGAUGACAUCAAGGAGACGGGAUACACCUACAUCCUGCCCAAAAAUGUCCUCAAGAAGUUCAUCUGCAUUUCAGAUUUGCGUGCACAGAUUGCAGGCUAUCUGUAUGGCACCAGCCCACCUGACAACCCACAAGUAAAGGAGAUCCGUUGUAUUGUCAUGGUGCCACAGUGGGGGACCCACCAAACUGUCCACUUACCUAAUCAGCUGCCUGGACAUGAAUAUCUGAAGGAAAUGGAACCCCUCGGUUGGAUCCACACACAGCCUAAUGAGUCACCACAGCUGUCCCCCCAGGACGUCACCACUCACGCCAAGGUCAUGGCUGACAAUCCCUCUUGGGAUGGAGAAAAGACCAUCAUCAUUACAUGCAGCUUCACACCAGGCUCAUGCACGCUGACAGCCUACAAGCUGACACCCAGCGGUUACGAGUGGGGCCGACAAAACACAGACAAGGGGAACAACCCGAAAGGCUACCUGCCGUCCCACUAUGAGAGAGUCCAGAUGUUGCUCUCUGACCGCUUCCUGGGCUUCUUCAUGGUCCCAGGCCAAGUAUCCUGGAACUACAAUUUCAUGGGCGUGCGUCAUGACCCCAACAUGAAGUAUGACCUGCAGCUUGCCAACCCCAAGGAGUUCUACCAUGAAGUGCACCGGCCAUCGCACUUCCUUAACUUUGCCUCGUUACAGGAGGGUGAAAUAUAUAACGCCGACCGUGAAGACAUGUACGGUUGA